AUGGUAGUAGUGGCAGUGAAUGCGGGGUCGAGCAAACCUUUCGAGUCGAAAUGGUCAUCCAAGUACCGCGGGGCAACCGUCGAAGACCUCGACCCUCCCGCCGCCCUGUCCCUCAACCCCUCUGACGCCAUCUCGCUCGCCCUCCUCUCCGCCUUCGAGCGGGACUACACGCACCUCACGAUCGUCGACUCGCAGACCCGCGCGCUGCUCGGGUACAUCUCGAUCCCCAACCUGCAGUCCCUCCUCGACUCGGGCAAGGUCAAGCCCGACGACCCCCUCUCGGCGGCCAUGACCCGCUUCCAGCGCCGGGGCCGCACGUACCAGGUCAUCACGAUGGAGACGCCGCUCGAGGAGCUCGAGGCCUUCUUCCGGGGCGGGGUGUCGGACGGGGAGUGGACGCAGGACUUUGCCGUCAUCACGGACGAUAAUCGGAGGUUCGUCAUGGGCGUGGCGACGGUGCAGGAUUUGGAGGAGUUUGCGAAGAGGAGGCCGGAGUAG